GACACCGGAGUUUCCGACUUCGCAACAAUGCAUCUCUACGACUCCACCAUCCCUUCGGGCAACGCCUACAAAGUCCAACUCCUCCUCGCACACCUCAAAAUCUCCUACCAAACGACCAGUCUUAAUAUCGUCGCGACACCCUCCGAAACGCGCACCGAAAGCUUCCUCAAGCUGAACCCCAACGGGCGCAUCCCCGUGCUCGUCUUGGACGACGGCACGCCUCUUGCUGAGUCCAACGCUAUCCUCUUCUACCUCGCUGAGGAAACUCCCUUCCUACCAUCCGAUCGACUAGCCCGGGCCCAAGUUCUGCAAUGGCUCUUCUUCGAGCAAUAUUCGCAUGAGCCGUACCUCGCGGUGUGGAAGUUCCAGACGUACUGGGGUGACAUUUCUCGGCUCGCCGAGUCGGAGGUGAAGAAGUUGAAGGAGAAGGGCCAGGCGGCUAUCGAUGUGAUGGAGAGGCAUUUAGAGGGACGGGAGUGGUUUGUGAGCGAGCAGUUUAGCAUUGCGGAUGUGGCGUUGUAUGCGUAUACGUGUGCGGCGGAGGCGGUGGGGUUUAGUGUGGGUGAAAACGUGAGGGCGUGGUUGGCGAGGGUAGAAAGCGUGGAGGGACAUGUGCGGAUUAGAAAGGAUCCAACGGGGAAGUGCCCGUUGUAGGUGAUGAUAUUGACUCUUUGAUCGUAUACCUUUCCUUCAAGUCUGCCACGAGAUUGCCUCGCAUACGCGUGGCAGAAGAGCACCGUGCCAGUCUUUCUCGCUCUCUUCGAUCAGUAACAGAUAGUAAUAGAUCUCUGAUGGAGCGA